AAAAAGGCCAAACAAGUACUCCAGAUCACCGCGGUACCUUAAAAAACGCACGCAAGUAGAUCAUCACAGCGUUAAGGCAUGAGCAACCCGACCGUUUCCUCCCAACCCCGCGGCUUUGUACACCCUUUUUCAUUCAAACGUUCAAUUCAACGUCAACCUUCCGAUUCAAACCCUUUACCCUUCCGUUCCUUCUUCUUCCCUCCCUAUUUGAACCCUUCCUUCCCACCACUCCAGUCUUCGCAUUCAACCCUUCACACCCCCACCCAGCUGCCACACCACACGCGCCCAACACAACACGUCUGCCGACUGCUCGUCUCCAAGAACACAUCGAACCACCGCCUAGCUAAUCCCUACCUACUUCCCAAUCAAAAAUCAUUCUUCGCGUCCGGCCGAUCAAAUCCAUCUAAUGGCACUGCUGGCGCGGAGGGCGGCUAGGAGGUCAGCGGCCAGCACGAAGGCGGCGGCGCCGCCGGCCGCAGUGGCGGUGGAGCUGUCGAUCCCGGCGCACUUCCGGUGCCCGAUCUCGCUGGACCUGAUGCGCGACCCGGUGACGGCGCCCACGGGCAUCACCUACGACCGGGAGAGCAUCGAGGCGUGGCUGGACACGGGCCGCGCCGCCGUGUGCCCCGUCACGCACGCGCCGCUCCGCCACGAGGACCUCGUCCCCAACCACGCCAUCCGCCGCGUCAUCCAGGACUGGUGCGUCGCCAACCGCUCCCGCGGCGUCGAGCGCAUCCCCACCCCCAAGAUCCCCCUCACCCCCGUCCAGGCCUCCGAGCUCCUCUUCGACCUCGCCGAGUCCCGGGACACGGCCGCCGCCAUCGCCAGGGUGAGGGCGCUGGCGAGGGACAGCGAGCGGAACCGCCGCUGCCUCGUGUCCGUCGGCGCCGGCCGCGUGCUUGCCUCCGCGCUGGCAUCACUCGCGGCGGACGGCGAGACGCCCGCGGCCGCUCUCGAGGACGUGCUGGCGGCAUUGGUCUGCAUGACGCCGUUGGACGACGAGGCCGCCAGGAUCCUGGCCACGCCGACCUCGCUGGGUUCUUUAGUCGCCAUCGCCGAGAACGGGAGCCUGGCGGGGAGGCUGAACGCGGUGCUGGUGAUCAAGGAGAUCGUGUCGUGCAUCCAGCUAACCGGGAACGUGGUCGAAGAGCUCGUGGACGCGCUGGCGAAGGUCAUCAAGGCUCCCAUCUGCCCGCAGGCGACCAAGGCCGCCAUGGUGGCCACCUACCACCUGGCGAGCUCCUCCGAGCGCGCCGCGGCGCACGCGGCCGGGGCCGGGCUCGUGCCGGUGCUGGUCGAGUCCCUCGUGGGCGCCGACAAGAGCGCGGCCGAGAAGGCGCUGGCGGUGCUCGACGCCGUGCUCGCGUCGGAGGAAGGCCGCACCAGCGCGCGAGCGCACGCGCUCACCGUGCCGGUCCUCGUCAAGAAGAUGUUCCGCGUGUCCGACCUGGCCACCGAGCUCGCCGUCUCGGCCAUGUGGCGGCUCGGCAGGGGCGCCAAAGAAAGCGAGGAGGGCGAGGCGACGAAGUGCCUGGUCGAGGCGCUGCGGGUCGGCGCGUUCCAGAAGCUGCUGCUGCUCUUGCAGGUUGGCUGCAGGGACGCGACCAAGGAGAAGACCACCGAGCUGCUCAAGAUGCUCAACAAGCACAAGGGCGUCGGGGAGUGCGUCGACGCCAUGGACUUCAGAGGGAUCAAUAGGCUGUCGUGAACCAAAAACUGCUGAAAGAAACGUUGUAACAUACUAGAUGGAUGUAAGCAGAUCGAUAGCGUAGUUUUUGUUUUGUUUUCACAGCAGAUUGGUAGCGUAGUUAGCUGUUAGAUGGAAACAUUUUAUUUACUUUGACUUAGACUGAAAAUACGUUUUCAUCCCAAGAGAGUGUGCUGUGCUCUCGUUAUAUUUCAAGAAACCCGGAGGUUCUACAAAAUUAUGAAUAAUA